CACAGACACAUAUAAACACACAAAAAAAGCAAAGAAAAAAACCGAACCUUGUCAUUCAUGGCCAACCUAGAAAAUCAUGUUACAGUACUGGCUUUCUUAGUUGCAUGGACUGCUCUGCUUGUUUCCUGCAAAAUCGGCGCAGGACCCAAAUCAGAAACAGAGGCUUUGCUCCAGUGGAAGCAGAGUCUUGGGAACCAAUCUGUUUUUGAAUCAUGGGUCGGUUCAAGUCCAUGCAAAUGGCGAGGAAUCACCUGCAACAAUGUUGGAAAUGUAACUGUAAUCAACCUGGCUUACAAUCCUUUAACUGGUACUCUCCAAAACUUAGACCUCUCUGCCUUCCCAAAUCUUCUCCGUCUUGACCUCAAAUUCACCAAACUCACUGGCCCGAUCCCAGAAAAUAUCGGUGUUGUUUCAAAGCUCCAAUUCCUUGACCUUUCCAGCAAUUCUUUUCAUGGUACUUUACCGCUUUCUCUUUCGAAUCUCACUCAGGUUUAUGAACUUGACGUUUCAAGAAACAAUCUAACAGGUGAGCUAGACUCUCGUCUGUUCCCUGAUGGAUCUAAUUCUGUACCAAAAACUGGGCUUCUCAGCUUAAGACACCUUCUUCUUCAGACAACAGGGCUUGGUGGGAAACUUCCUGAAGAAAUAGGGAACUUGAAACACCUGUUUCUUCUUGCUUUAGAUGAAAAUAACUUUGUUGGGUCUAUCCCUCAAUCUAUUUGUAAUUUGACAGAGUUAAGAAUUCUACGACUCAAUCAAAAUCAAUUCACGGGUCAGAUUCCUUCAAAGAUUGUUGCUUUGAGGAAGUUAACCGAUUUGCGCCUCUUCUCAAAUUACUUAUCUGGGUCAGUCCCAGAGGAGCUGGGUAAUCUUUCAGCUUUGACGGUUCUUCAUUUGGCUAACAAUAGCUUCUCUGGCCAUCUACCGCCACAGAUUUGUAAAGGAGGAAAGCUUGUUAAUUUCAGUACAACUUUCAAUUCUUUCACUGGUUCAAUACCGAUAAGCCUGAAGAACUGCUCAACGUUGUACAGAGUUCGGCUGGAGUAUAACGAACUGACAGGAGAUAUAGACCAGGAUUUUGGUGUGUACCAAAAUCUCAGUUACUUGGACUUGAGUUACAACAAAUUGAGAGGUCAACUCUCGCCGAAAUGGGGGCAAAACCGGAACUUGACAAUGCUGAAUCUUGCUGGGAAUAUGAUAAGUGGGAAAAUCCCAGAUGAGAUAGCUGAGUUGAAUCAGCUGGUAAGGCUUGACCUUUCAUCUAACCAGCUUUCAGGAGAGAUACCGGCACAACUUGGAAAAUUAUCUCAGCUUGUCUUCUUUAGUCUAAGAGACAAUAAGCUUUCAGGCGACGUAGCAGCAGGAAUUGGAGGACUUUCAAAUUUGGUGUCUUUGGACCUGUCAAUGAACCAGCUAAGUGGGCAAAUUCCUGUUCAAAUUGCGGAGUGCUCAAAGCUGCAAUUUUUGUCUUUGAGCAAAAACCAAUUCAAUGGAAAAAUUCCAGACCAGAUGGGUAAUCUUCUAGAGUUGCAAGCUUUGCUAGAUUUAAGUUAUAAUUCUCUUUCUGGGGAGAUACCAAAUCAGCUUGGGAGGCUUACAAGUUUAGAAAACUUGAAUCUUUCUCACAACGAUCUCUCCGGUUCAAUUCCAGAUUCCCUUAGCUCAAUGAUAAGCUUAUUGGACAUCAAUCUGUCGUAUAAUAGAUUAGAGGGUCCCCUUCCUAAUGGAACAAUUUUCCAUUCAAUUAAACCAGAUGCUUUUAGUAACAACAAAGGACUAUGUGAUGAUCAGAUCCCAGGUUUGCAGCCCUGCAACCACAGUUCUGUUACUCAAAAGCGCCGGGAAAAAUCAAAGAUCAAACCUUUGAUUGUCAUUGUUUUUUCUUUAGCAAGCGCAUUGUUCCUGGCUUUUUCAAUUGUGCUCAUCAUAAUUCUGGCAGGUCCGAAACAAGCUCCUAAAAAUGAAAGAAUAACAAAGACGGAUAAUUUGUUCUCUGUGCAAUAUUUUAACGGGAAGAUCGUCUAUGAGGAUAUCCUCAAAGCAACAAACAACUUCGAUGAUCGCUACUGCAUUGGUGCCGGCCAAUCUGGGAAAGUUUACAGAGUUGAAAUGACUAACGGUAAAGUUUUUGCAGUAAAAAAACUGCACACACAGUCUACAGAUUUUGAUUAUCAAGAGAUCAAGAGCUUCACCAAUGAGAUUGCAGCUCUUACAGAAAUCCGCCAUAGAAACAUUGUGAAGCUUUACGGCUUUUGUUAUCAAGGAAGACAUACAUUCUUGGUGUAUGAAUUUGUGGAAAGAGGAAGCUUAGCUGAUAUUUUAAGUAGUGAGACAAGAGCUAAGGAGUUGGGUUGGGCGGAGAGGUAUAAAAUUAUAAAGGGUGUGGCUCAUGCCCUUUCUUACUUGCAUCAUGAGUGCUCCCCACCAUUAAUUCAUCGAGAUAUAUCAAGCAAAAAUAUUUUGCUGAGUUCUCAACUCGAUGCUCGUGUUUCGGAUUUCGGAACUUCAAUGUUUCUGAAGCCUGAAUCCUCUAACUGGACAACACUUGCAGGCACAUAUGGUUAUAUGCCACCAGAGCUCGCUUACACAAUGGCAGUGAAUGAAAAGUGUGAUGUUUAUAGUUUUGGAGUUUUGGGUAUUGAAGUUUUAAUGGGGAAGCAUCCAGGUGAAGUGAUUUCAAGUCUUCUAUCGCCAUUAGAACGAAAGUUGAUCCAGUUAGAGGAUGUUUUGGAUAAUCGUAUCUCAGACUCCAUGCCUGACGAAGUUGCAGACAAGUUAUAUAUGUUGUGGAAUGUAUCAAUCUCUUGCAUAUGUUCUAAUCCAGAAUCUAGACCAUCCAUGCGCACCGUUUCACAGCUGCUUGAAAUCUAGCCACCCAAUUCCCUGCUUAUUGUAACAAAGAAAAAUCC